GCUGCUUAUCCACAGGACGGGAGCGCGCUGACAGUUCGCAAACGCCCGGAAAAGUUCGGUCCCAAAACUGUCCGAAAACGGCAGCGAUCGGCGCGGUCCUAUACGGCCAUACCUUCCCCGCCUACGUGUAGGGUCAUGUUCUGAACAUCCCUGCAUCAUCUGCGCCCCCUGGCCCCGUUAAACAAGCAGCCCCAGUUUGGCAGAGUAUGCCUCGCGGCGUCUGGAUGAUCUCUUAUCUUCAAGUGGCAUCUAUUCGUGUGUCAGAAACCUCCUCCUCUUUCGCCUAAAGACACCGUGCAUACAGGUGAAUGAAAUCUGUCCGAACCUCUUUUGUAUGGCAGCUGUGGCACCGCACCCCCACGCCACCCCCAGCACGCCAUGGACACAGCCCCGCUUGUGGGCCGCAGGACUGGGAGCAGCAGGCGCUGGUGCCCCUUACUUCUUUGGCCAAGUCUUUGUGGGGUACUGCUGGCGCUCCUCCCUGGGGGGGCUGGCAUGAAGCAGGCCAUACCCCGAGUCCAACUGGGAUACAAAGACCUACAGCUGUCGGGCGGUGCAACCCUGUUCCUGGGCUCUGCCCCGGGCCUGCGCUUCCAGAGCUUCCUGUUGGACGAGGAGCAGAACCGCCUGCUACUUGGUGCCCAGGACCACAUCUUCCUGCUGGAGCUGGAUGACCUCAAUAGCAACCCCAGGAAGAUUAACUGGCCUGCACCAAAAGAGAGAGUAGAGAUGUGUACUCUCGCUGGAAAAAGUAUUCAGACGGAGUGCGCCAACUUCAUCCGCGUCCUCCAUGCAUACAACAGGACUCACGUCUAUGCCUGUGGCACAGGGGCCUUCUUCCCCUUGUGUGCCUUUGUGGAGGUCAAGGGACAAGGAGAGGAAACCACGUUUAGCCUGAACACCAACAGCGUUGAGUCUGGAAGGCUGAAGUGCCCGUUUGACCCCUGGCAGCCGUUUGCCUCUGUUCUGAAAGAUCAGUACUUGUACGCUGGCACAGCGUCCGAUUUUCUGGGCAAGGACACAACAUUCACCCGUUCCCUGGGACCCCCUCACGACCAGCAUUACAUCAGAACCGACAUAUCUGAGGAUUACUGGAUCAAUGAGGGCCGCUUUGUGGCCGCCCAUCCUGCCUCCGACACCUACAACCCAGACGACGAUAAGAUCUACUUCUUCUUCCGCGAGGCGUCCCGCGAAGGGAGCUCGGGCGAUAAGAGCGUGCUGUCACGAGUGGCGCGAGUGUGUCAGAAUGAUGUGGGAGGUUUGAGGAGCCUGCCUAACAAGUGGACCACAUUCCUCAAAGCCAGGCUGGUGUGCUCCAUCCCAGGGCCAGAUGGAGUAGACACACACUUCAACGAGCUGCAGGAUGUCUUUUUCCUCUCCACAAGAGAUGAGAGGAACCCUGUUAUAUAUGGAGUCUUCACCACUACAAGCUCCAUUUUCAAGGGUUCAGCAGUCUGCGUGUACAGCAUGGCUGACAUCCGGGCCGUAUUCAACGGGCCGUACGCCCACAAAGAAGGACCGGACCACCGCUGGGUGGAGUACGAGGGGCGGAUCCCAUACCCAAGGCCUGGCACUUGUCCAAGUAGGACGUACGAUCCUCGAAUAAAAACAACUAAGGACUUCCCGGACGAUGUGAUCAGCUUCAUAAAGUACCAUCCCAUGAUGUACAAGGCUGUGUACCCCGUCACCGGGAGACCGGUCUUUACCAGGAUCAACGCCGAUUACCGGCUCACGCAGAUCGUCGUGGACCAGGUGGCGGCUGAGGACGGCCAGUAUGCGGUCAUGUUCCUGGGAACGGACGUGGGGACAGUCCUGAAGGUGGUGACCAUCACACAGGAGGACUGGGUCACGGAGGAGGUGCUGCUGGAGGAGCUCCAGGUGUUCCAGGUCCCGUCGCCGAUUCUGAGUAUGGAAAUCUCCUCCAAAAAACAACAGCUGUACAUCGGCUCCCAAGAUGGCCUUGCCCAGGUGUCCCUGCACCGAUGCGCCCUCUACGGGCAGGGCUGCGCCGAGUGCUGCCUGGCUCGAGACCCCUACUGCGCCUGGGACGGCCACUCCUGCUCCCGCUACAUCCCGGCCUCUAAGAGGCGAGCCCGGAGGCAGGAUAUCAAGAACGGAGAUCCGUCAAGCCAGUGCUGGGACCUGGACGAUGCCAUGGUGAUGGAGUCUGAGGAGAAGCUGCUGUUCGGGGUGGAGCACAACUCCACCUUCCUGGAGUGCGUCCCCAAGUCUCAGCAGGCCCAGAUCCGCUGGUUCCUGCAGAGGACCGGUUCUGACCACCGGGAGGAGGUGAAGCUGGACGAGCGGGUGAUGAGGACCGAGCUGGGCUUGCUUAUCCGCUCGCUUCAGCGGCAGGACGCCGGCACAUACCACUGCAUGGCGCAGGAGCACAGCUUCAGUCGGAUCGUGCUGCGGCUCGGCCUCCGGGUCAUCGAGCAGGGCCAGAUGGAGCCGCGGCCGGCCACCCAGCGGGACGACGUGGCCACAGCCGCGGCCGGGGCCCGUCAACGCUACAAGGACUACCUGCGGCUGAUGAGCGGCCCGCAGAGCAGCGUGGACCAGUACUGCGAGAGCGUGUGGCUCCGCGAGCGCAAACACGCCCAGAAGGCCCGGCCCCCCGCUCCCGGCAAGUGGAAGCUCCUGCGGGAGAUGAAGAAAAGCCGGAACCGGAGGCACCAUUCAUAGGGCCCGGAACCUCCUGCAAAAAAGACGCCUGACUAAAAGAUGGACGUUGCGAGUCCUUUCCUGCAAUAGCUGCGACGAAGCAGUAUUUAUGUUGAAUAAUCUGUAAAUAGUCCGUAUAGCUGUACAGGUGAGCGUGGGUUAGUUAGGGUUAGAAAGUCCGUUGGGAAUCUGAUUAUUGAAACCAGACAGGGUGAAUAGGCUAGAAGCGUUUUUUUUGUACAAAGCUUUUUGUAUAUUUUAUAUUUUAUUUAGGUAGAUUAAUUUUUCUAAAUGGUAUUUAUAUUUAUUCCUCAUUUUAGCUGCUUUAGCAUUAAAUAUUUUAACUUGUCGUAGUUCCUCUGUAUUGUCCCGGAAGAUCCAUUAUGAUUUUAUAAAUUUUAUAUUUCCAGCAAAAAUAGAUUCUGUACCCACAUAUUUGCUGUAAACCGUAAAUGCAGACACUGCGGCGGUUCUUGGUUUAUUCCGGACAGCCAGUCACACUGGAAUUAAGAGGAGUUUCCGUUUGCUGCUGAGAGCCGCAGUUGAGGAGCUUAAGGAAUCCCAGUUUGGCUGAAGUCACAACGCCAGCGUUCCGUUCUGCGCUGAAGUCAGGCUCUCGAUGCUCAAAGCUGAUCCUGGAAACAUCCUUCGAACCCGAUAUGCCAAGCGACUCUGCUGGACUAAGACGUGGAGCGCGGUUCCUGAAACCAAGUUUCCAAAACUCACUCAGGUCAUUUUUUGGUUGUGUCUGAGGUGAGAUCUCCCGUGACCUAAAGUCAGGCUUCCUCAUCAUAUGUUACAGUACAGGGAACCAAAGCUAACUCAGUCGUCAUGUAAUCCAAUGAAGAUCUUUUAUUAAAUUUGACUGGAUGACUUUUGUAAAUUUGCUCUUCAAUUCAUCCAAUCCAUCAGUUUUCUUGUUUAUGCUCUGUUCCCACCCAACGCUGUACAUUUAAUGUAACUUUAUAAAUAACAUGCUGUCCUAUUUUCUAACUGCCAAUAAAAGGAACAAAACACCUGGACAGAA